UCAUGAUAGAAAAUAGCCGACCUUACUUUGCCCUUUGCCUCUUACCCCCGAGCCAGAGCCAAAGCCGAAGAACAAGCCUGGGAGGCUUCGCAGACUGAGGGGGAGAGCGAUAAUCGUUAAAAAACAGAGAGAGAGAGAGAGAGAAAGAAAGAAUGGUUUGUUCUCUGUUUCUCUCAAAUUCUAGUAUUGCUACAACCAUCUCAUCUCCUUUAGUCCUUUCCCAUAAACUAUGUACACAAGAACACACAAAAAAAGGGAUAUAUUUCUACACCCCAAUUUCAAGAAGCCCUAGAAUUGGCCUUGCCAGUAUUAAAUGUGCUGUGGAUGCACCUUAUGAAGGUAACAUCCCAAAAUUUCCUCGGACGAAUGUUUGGGAUCCUUAUAAGCGUCUAGGUAUCAGUCCCUAUGCAUCUGAAGAGGAAAUUUGGAGUUCCCGCAAUUUUCUCCUGCAACAAUAUGCUGGAUAUGAAACAAGUGAAGAAUCAAUAGAAGCUGCCUUUGAGAAACUGUUGAUGACUAGCUUUAGAGAGAGGAAAAAAACAAAAAUUAAUUUGAAAACCAGGCUAAAGAAGAAGGUGGAGGAGUCUCCUCCUUGGGUGAAGAAUUUACUCGAUUUUGUGGAACUUCCUCCGGUGGAAGUCAUUUUUAGGAGAUUGUUCCUCUUUGCAUUUAUGGGUGGCUGGAGUAUCAUGAAUUCUGCAGAAGGGGGUCCUGCUUUCCAGGUAGGUUUGGAAUUUUCUCUUAGUUGAUGAUUUUCUCUUGAACUCUUAGAUGAAAAUCGAUGUUUAGAAUUAUGAUAAUAGCCUAGGUGGGCAAUAUUGCCUUUGAGUUGCUGGCAUUGUGUUGAAGCUUCUCCUUUUCAAUUCUAUCAUGUUGAGGUGCUAUUGCUAGUUGUGGUGUUGAAAAUGAUGGGGGUCAAGCAUUUAGGAGAAUGAUGGAGGAUACCUGCUUCUCCUAAAUACGAAAUGUUUUUCAAAAGAUUGCAUCCUCUGCCCCCCUUUCUCAUUGUAUUGAAUGCUACACUUUCAGAAAUCCCUAGGAGGGUGGAUGACAAGGAUUUUGGUCCUUGAACCUUAGUGAAAUGUCCCAUGUGUGUUUGGCUUUGAGGUGGAGGCUGUCCUAUCAAAUAUAUUUUUUUAAUUGUUUGUGUAAUCAGGAAUAAGCUGCUGUUAAGAGUGCCUUUGUAGUCAUCUAAUUAGAGCAUUGAUAUGGAUCGUAAAACAACUUUUUCCUUGGGCCUUUUUUUUGAAGCCCUGUUCAAUGACUAUAGCUCUGAAUUAGCAAU